GACUCCGAUACUACGAAUAUGACUGGAACUCAUCGACAUAAGGAACUAAACACCUGCACCGACCGUGGAACCUGUGGGUAUUCAUAAACUGAGCAUGACCUCAAGUCCACAUGUUGCACUCGAUAAAACAUCCGGCAACACACAUUGCAGAGAACAUUUCUCAUUAGCCAAGGAAGCGGGAGCGGUAAAACAUAUGUUGAAGUUUUUCUUUGACCAGGACACGGUCCGGUGGAGGAACAGAACUAGAGUGUACCUGAGCCCGCAAAGACACGAGACGGCUGUGCUAAAAGCGCGGAAAGCCAACAAUUCUUCCAACUUCUCCAUAGGUUUUGUCCCUUGCUUUUGGUUCAAGGUGCCUUCAUUACGAGUUGAAAACGGAUAUCGCGUGAGAUAUUGCGCUUAACGGAGGAAACGGGCAGCCGUUGCAAGUAUCUCAUUAGUCUCUUCGUCUUGGUUGAUGUGUAUGGACUUUGUGCUGGAUAGCUCAUAGAUUCUAAUCAGAU